AUUGAACCCUAGAACCAGCUCUAGAUCCCCAGUGGAAAUGACUUCAUUCUCACGUCAUCACCACCAUCCAUCUUAUCAGAUUCCAAACCACCACCACUCCAUUUGGCUUCUUCUGUCCGUUUGAAAACCCCCAGACAUGUCCCGACUCCACCGGAUCUGUCAAUAUCUCCGAGAAUGGUGGUCUGACUGUGCUUUGUUGAUGCCCGCGCGCGAUCCGGAUGAUCUGUCAGAUCAGUAUACGUUUCCGCAGGCGCGAUAUGCCGGGCAGGGAUAUCAGCAGCGACGAGCUUGGUAUGUAUGUGUCUUUUUGAUUAUAUACGGUAUGAUUUGUAGACGUGGGCUAAGGAUUAGAUGCCAUAAUGCCAUAAUACCAUGAUGGGGAUAUCCAGCGGGUGAAGCGAACAGUACUUGAUCUCAUGAUUCUGCCUAUUGUCUCUAGACUGAGUUGAGAACACCAUAU